GAUCAAUAUCAUCUUAUUGAGUUCUAAAUAGCAAGUCCCAUUUUCAUUUGUUAGGUUCUAUUGUCGUAGUCGGUUCCGUAUGGUGAUGGCAUUAUGAAGCCACGGUCACGUCCUUUCCAUAGGCGUAAUCGCCGAAUGCAUAACUGUAGCAAAUUGAAUACUAGUACUAACUCAUCAAGCAACGGCUCUCCUCAUGGACGAAUAAGAAGACCCAUGCGCACCUCUAUUACUCCCAUGCGUAAGGGGAAAGUGAACGCGAUUGUCAGCACCAUCCGUUCUGAAGAAAGAAUACGUGAGCUGGAAUCUUGCCUCUUGCAAGAAGGUGUUGAUAAGGAAUCAGCAAUGCAAAGGGUGCAGGAAAUGUUCAACGAGUUGACCAAAAAGCAAGGAACUAGCACCGCUGAACAGGAGAAAACCGAACGUCGUCUUAUGAGCAAGAAUGAAGAACUGCAGGCGACACUUGCUGAAUUGACUGAGGUCCGCUCUACCUUGUCCACUCUGGAGCAUAAGUAUGCGCAUUUGCAAAGAAAACAUGAGCGUAUAGCGAAAGAAAACGCAGAGAUGAAAAAAGAACUGGAGGAGAUUCGGAGAGAGCUCUUGGAGCGAAGAAGGCGAUCACUCGCGAAGAAACCUUUGGAUCUCAACCAGUCCCUCAAUGCGAGCACUGACGAAGGUGUAGAUGAAAAUGCGGGGCAGUUAAUUCUGCGUCAAAUGACUGAUAAAAUCAACCAGCUCAAAGAGGAGAAUCAAAGAUUGUUGACAACUUUGGAGACAGAGCGCGCUGAACAUAUAGCUCAACAAAGAGAUUUUCAUACUGCUGUGAUAGUUGCUGAACGAGGCAGAGAGGAAGCACAGGCUGAAAUGACAAGGUGGAUUGAAGCAUCAAAAGAAAACUCAUCGGCUGACAGCAGUGUCUGGGCGGAUUUGAUGCGUAGAUUUGACAAAAAUUUGAAAAGAAAUGCACUUUUGGCAUGGACACAGGCUCAGCUUACUGCGUAUCCUUCAUUAUCAGUGUCAAACUUCAGUUCAGACUGGUCAGACGGUCGAGCGUUCUGCGCUCUCAUUCACAAUAUUCAUCCAGACUUGAUAGACCGUGCACAAUUGCAUCAAAACGGUUGCAGAGAACUUGCUGUCGAGAAAGCAAUGCAAAUGGGUGUCAACAUCGAUCCACAAAUAUUUUCAGUAUCUACCCCUGACUGGCACCUUGUGAUGGCUACUGUUUUUGAGCUGUAUAAAAAGUACGAGUUUUCUGAAGAUAGUUGUCUUUAGUUGCACUCGCCUAUCCUUUUUUUUAAAUUAUGUGAUUUCUUUGAUUGUUUGCUCACUGACAGUGCGACUUCACUACCUUUGAUUUUUCUCGAGAUGUUUGUACCAAAUCGCUCUGCGUCUUUCUUUUAGUACAGAUCCAUUCUGCCAUUAAUAUUCUUCAUAAACACGCUUUAAAAGUUGAAUACUCGAUAAUCUAAGUCUAUCCUAUCAUGAAAGAUGGUUGCUAGCUUGUUCCUAUCGCAUCGCAUUUUUUUGCGAUUCUUGUGAAAUGAUCG